AUGGAUCAAGUACUGUCUUAUUUGCCCCCUUUCGAGGGUUUGCUCCCCAAGUGGCUUCUAUUCGUCUCCGCCGUAUCCGCCAUCAACAGUCUGCAGGCCUACACUUCCGCCAACUAUACCACCCUCCUCUACACUAAUGGCUCAGUUCCAUGUGAGCCACUCUCCGGUCGUAUCUUCGGUACCUGGACCUUCCUUUCAGCCGUGAUCCGCAUGACUGCCGCAUACAACAUUACCACACCCGCCGUGUAUGAUCUUGCGAUCUGGACCUACGCAAUUGCUCUGACUCACUUCACUGGAGAACUGAUUGUCGGAAACGCGUCGCUGAAGGGCCGCUUCAUCAGCCCGUUGAUUGUGGCCUCGUCAUCGAUUGCUUGGAUGUUGAUGCAGCGCAGAGAGUACCUGGGCCUGUAG